AUGGGAAACAACCUUGCACCUAUGUUAGCUAUUAUUUACAUGCACUCUUUAGACACACUUAUAAUUGAGAAGUCGGGAGGUUCUGUCUCACUGAAACGAUACAUUGAUGAUAUAUUUGCAGUACUACAUUCCGACAGGAUUAAUGCUGACAAAUUAUUAGAGAUAUCCAAUGAUCUUAAUGAAGCCAUUAAAUUUACAUUGGAAAAGCCGAACAGCUCAAAUGAAUUACCGUUUCUGGACACUCUAGUCAGCUUCGACCAAAAUACGAAACAAUUUAGAAGUGAAUUGUAUGUUAAACCCAUUCAUAGCGGUUCUAUUACGUCUUGGGAUAGCCAUGGGCCUAUUUGUUUCAAGCGGGCGUUAAUCAUUGGUGAAACCAAGAGAGCGUUACGUUGUUCCAUGGAUCGUCCAUCGAAAAAUCGAUUGUUAAAAAAGAUAACCAAAACGUUUACCAGCAACGGUUAUCCCAGGAGAUUUGUUAGAGCAAUCAUUAGGCGUACAGUCAGUACUACAUCUCAAAAACAGGAAGGGAAUCCCAACAUGACUUAUUUAAAAUUACCAUACAUCGAUGAGGAAUUAAAACGGAGAGCAUUAGCAGUGAUUAGACAGUCGGGAAUAAAAGACAUUAGAACAUGUUUUAUUAAUGGCCCUUCAUUGUCGAAAGUCUUGUAA